AUUCAUCGAUGCUUUAGGUUUAUCCAUAGCAGUGAAACGAGCUUGGACUUGACUCUGUAGCAAGAAACCCAAAAUUUGAACCCGAACCCUAAUUCUACUUCGCUUAUUUUUGAAUUUCAGUUAUCUUUCUGGAAUUUGGCGGGUUCAUGGAAUCCCAAGGGCAGAAAACUUCGAACAAUCCCAAGGCCAUGCUUUCAUCUCUUUUGAGUAAGAGACAAAAGCUUCAGGAAGAACUUCGUACAAUUGAAAAGCAGGUUUAUGAAUUAGAGACAAGCUACUUACAAGAAUCAAGCAAUUUUGGAAACGUGUGGAAAGGAUAUGAAGGGUUUCUUUCUUCCUCAAAGAACACCACAAACUUGAAAAGAUCAAGAAAAUUCCAGCAUGAAGAUAGACUUUUCUCCCUAUCAUCAGUUACCUCACCAGCGGCUGAAGAACUUGGAGCAGGAAGGGAAGAGGGAAGAUCAGAUUUAGGUCCAGGCAGACCUAAAGGUGGAGGCUUGACUAUUAAUGGACAAGGAAAACCAAAGAAAGGAAGAACAGGACCAAGAGAUGGACGAAAAAUCAGGCUGUCGAAUGACUUGGAUCUUGAUGAUGAAGAUGAUCAUGACAUGGGUGGCAUGAGAUAAUGUCAUAAAAAAAUAUAAUUGUUGUAAGGAAAGUAAUAAAUCUAUAUAAUCGAGUGUUUAAUAUUAUAUUUUGCAUUUUACAUUUUUUUUAAUUUUUGUGUCAUAUUUGGUGUGCUUACUAGGAUUUGAUAAUUUGGUUCUUAAUGUUCUUUGAAGCUUUGAUGAA